UUUUUUAAGCAAGAUAAAGACACCCCAGCUCUUUGAUUUGAAUCCGUCAACCAUACAGGGAUAACCAUGCUAGUUAUACUGUCACCUGGCUGUGCUACAGUUCAUUUGGUGUCGACGAAUGGACCUUUCGUCGAAAAUGACCCCGAUUUUCUUUCAUCGAACUAAGCAGUGCGUUCUUCCUGACGAAACUUCUGGCCAGUGAUUGCAGCGAAAAAGCCAACCUCCGAACACGAGAAUCGUCGAUGUAAAAAUCGCACGUACGCCACUUUUGCCGUCCCGGAAGGAAAAGGCAGACGGUGUCGAAUAAGGUUGCGCCUACUCGCGGAAAAUCGUUCAUGCGGGAAUUCACUUCUGUGCAGUAGUGUGUUUUUCGAUCGUAUGGAGUUUUUGUGUGAUUGGUCACUAAUGAUAAAGAAAAAAACGAUAAAUCUCUCGUCUGCAGUUCAAUUCGUUCUGUGAAGUGAAAACCUAUCCGCACACUUUAUCCCUCAUCAACGUUCGGCUCCAGUUUUGAUAGUGACCAACCCCGUCGGAGACCAACGUAUUACGCCAAGUGCAAACAAAAAGUGGACAAGCCGCCAGGCAGGCAGGCAACAGCAGCCCUUUUUCAUCUUUCACUUUUGUCUCCCGCAAUUGCCGUCAAAUAUGUUACCGAUGCGUGUAAUGUUUCCCUGUGAAGUGCAUGCUUAGAACCACUUACCUAAAGGCCAAACGGAGGAAAAACGCGAAAAAUAUGUUCGAAUGGUGUCCUUGGAUGAAGAAAAAUCCGCCUAACAAAAUUGUAUAUCAGACUCGCGUUAAAGCAAAUUAGUUCCAUUACACCAUUUUCUGUUCUGCUGGCACCGUAAGCUAUGUUAGCAUCUGAGAAACGAUGAAAAGUAAAUCUAAAAACUCUUUGACGAACGGAAGUGGCAGCAGCGGGAGCAGUAGUAGCAGCAGCAGCAGCAAUAGUAGUGGCAGUGGUAGUGAUAAUUACGCCAACGGCAGCACCUAUGGGUCCUCCGGAGCGACGAUGACAGGUGCGGCAGGGCCGGGGACAAACAGUGCCUCCGCUGGGACCGUCAAUGGAGGCAGCAGACAUCUGCAAUCAUCGUCUGCCAUGAGUGCGGCAAAUUCUCCGGGCGGCUCUAUUGCUACCGCCGAUGCCGGAGCAUCCGGGCUGGGUGCUGAUUGUGCGGAUGACCAGCAAGAUCAGCAACCGAUGAACUAUCACAACCAUAAUGCCCAUCACAAUAAUCGCAACCAUUUGUAUCAGCAGCCAAAGCAGGGUGGCAACCGACCGCAUAUAUCGCUCGACAAGUGUGACGACUUUCAGUUCAAUGUUCCGCCGGAAGCUCCUGUGUUCGAACCGUCGGAGGAAGAUUUCAAAAAUCCGCUUGUCUACAUCAACAAAAUACGCCCGACGGCGGAAAAGUAUGGAAUCUGCAAAAUACGACCACCGAGCUCCUGGCAGCCACCCUUUACCGUGGAUGUGGAAAAGCUGACCUUUACGCCGCGCAUUCAGCGGCUGAAUGAAUUGGAAGCGGAAACACGCAUUAAGCUGAACUUUCUCGAUCAAAUUGCCAAAUUUUGCGAGCUGCAAGGAACAACGCUGAAGAUACCGAUGGUAGAGCGGAAGCCGCUCGAUCUAUACACCCUGCACAAGAUCGUAAACCAGGAGGGUGGUUUGGAGGUGGUAACGAAGGAGCGCAAAUGGUCAAAAGUGGCGUGCCGCAUGGGCUACCAGCAGGGCAAAAGUGUCGGUUCAAAUCUGCGUAUACACUACGACCGUUUGCUCUAUCCGUUCGAUGUGUAUCGUUCGGGUAAGGUCGUAGAUUUGGCUAACAUUGACCCGGAGCCAACGGAAGAUUGUGAGUAUGAGCCGCAUUGCAUUGAGUCCCGGCAGCAGGUUCAACCGCCAAUGACGGCGGCUCGCCGUUCGCAACGAUUUGCACAGCAGCAGAGCAACAGCAAACCUUCCUCGACCGCGGGCAGCAGUGCGGGUGGCAGCGUUCGUGGCUCGUCGGAUGAGAUGUCGCCAAGCAAGAAGGAACUGCGCCAUAGGAGUAUGCUGGAGUUUGCGAGCAAACUGGCGGCAGCCGCCCGUGAACAAGCGGCCAGCAAUGGUAAUGUGGCGAAAGAGGAAAAAAGUGCCGUAGGUGGAACGCAUGGGUACGAUCCGAUGGCAAAGUACAUCUGUCACAUGUGCAACCGGGGUGAUGUGGAAGAAUCGAUGCUACUUUGCGACGGUUGUGAUGCAUCGUACCAUACGUUCUGCCUGAUGCCACCGUUGCAGGACAUUCCGAAGGGUGACUGGCGUUGCCCGAAGUGUAUUGUCGAGGAAAACUCGAAACCGGUGGAAGCGUUCGGGUUCGAGCAGGCGCAACGCGAGUACACGCUGCAACAGUUCGGCGAAAUGGCCGAUCAGUUCAAAUCGAACUACUUCAACAUGCCGGUCCAUCUCGUACCGACCGAGCUGGUGGAGAAGGAAUUUUGGCGUAUCGUUUCAUCGAUCGAUGAGGAUGUGACGGUCGAGUAUGGGGCCGAUCUGCACACGAUGGACCAUGGUAGCGGGUUCCCGACGAAAGCGUCACCAUACCUUACGUCGAACGAUCAGGAGUAUGCAGAAUCGAGCUGGAACCUGAACAAUCUGCCAGUGCUGGACGAAUCGAUCCUCGGGCACAUUAAUGCCGACAUCAGCGGUAUGAAGGUACCGUGGAUGUACGUCGGCAUGUGCUUUGCUACCUUUUGCUGGCACAACGAGGACCACUGGAGCUACUCGAUCAACUAUCUGCACUGGGGUGAGCCGAAAACGUGGUACGGUGUGCCCGGUAGCCGUGCGGAAGAUUUCGAGCUGGCGAUGAAAUCGGCCGCACCCGAACUGUUCCAUUCGCAGCCAGAUUUGCUGCACCAGCUGGUAACGAUUAUGAAUCCGAACAUAUUGAUGAACGCGGACGUGCCCGUCUACCGGACGGAUCAGCACGCGGGCGAAUUUGUCGUUACAUUCCCGCGCGCGUACCAUGCCGGCUUUAAUCAGGGGUAUAACUUUGCCGAGGCGGUUAACUUUGCACCGGCGGACUGGAUGAAGAUGGGCCGGGAGUGUGUCAAUCACUAUUCGAAGCUAAGGCGAUACUGUGUGUUUUCGCACGAUGAGCUCGUGUGCAAGAUGGCGCUGGAACCGGACAGACUUAAUUUGGGUAUCGCAACAGCGUGCUACAUCGAUAUGGCGGAAAUGGUUGAUACGGAGAAAAAGUUGCGAAAGAAUCUGCUCGAAUGGGGUGUAUCGAAUGCAGAACGUGAAGCGUUUGAGCUGUUGACGGACGAUGCGAGGCAGUGUGAAAUUUGCAAAACCACCUGCUUCCUGUCGGCCGUCAACUGUAAAUGUACCAAGAACCUAGCCUGCUUGCGCCAUUUUGCCGAACUGUGCGAAUGUCCGCCGGAAAACCACACACUCAAGUACCGGUACACGCUGGACGAGCUGCCGCUGAUGGUGCAGAAGCUAAAGGUGAAGGCCGAAUCGUUCGAAAAGUGGCUGUUCCGUGUCCGCGACGUGCUGGAUCCGUCGGUGGCAAGCUCGAUCACGCUCGAGGAGCUGCAAAGCAUUGCGCACGAAGCGGAAAGCCAAAAGUUCCCCAACAGUGUCAUACUGGAGCGCCUGAACCUUUCCAUACUGGAGGCGCAGAAGUGCAUUACGGUCAUACAGCAGCUUGAUAUUAACAAAAUACGCACGCGCACACGAAAUUCGCUCGAGUGCGCCAAGUACAAGCUGUCGAUGGAUGAGCUCGAGCUGUUUAUCAACGAGAUCAACAAUCUGCGGUGCGUGAUACGGGAAGGUGAUAGCGUCCGUGAGCUGCAGCGCAUCGGGCAGGAAUGGUUGCGCCAGGCGGAUAAAGCGCUAAAGUUACGCUUUAAGGACACUAACGUGCAGCAGCUAAAUCAGCUGAUCGAGGAUGGCAAUGCGCUGUGCAUCGAGCUGCCGCAGAUAACCGAGCUGAAGGAUCGAUUGACACAGUACAAAUGGUACCGGGAGGUGCGAACGCUGCGUGAAAAUACGGUCGAUCGGCUAUCGCUGGAAGAAAUCAAGAAGCUCAUUAACGAGGGAAUGCGAAUACUACCGCACACAGUAUUAGAGAAAGAGCUGUCCCAGCUGCACGGUAUUAUGCUGCAGAUCGUUGAUUGGGAACAGUCAGCUAAUCAGUGCUUCAAAACGGAAACGCAGCAUAAGAUCAGCGAAAUCGAUAGCCUUCUCGAGCGUGCGCAAAACAUCGAAGCAUUUCUACCACUUGCCGGUCAGCUGAAGGAUGUGCUGCAUAAAUCGAAGGAAUGGUUGCAUGCGAUCGAAACGCUGGAAAGUAGCAAAAAUUACAACUUUUUCCACACGCUCCAAAAUCUAGCGAAUCGCGCAAAGCUGCUACCGGUAGAGAUGGAAAGCAAGCUGCUGUGUGAAACCAUCUUCGGUACAACGACCGCCGGUGGCGGUUGCUACAAUCGUAACGGUGGUCAGAUGUUGCUGUUUAACUCGCGGGGUUUCAUCGGUGCCAGCAGUGAUGAAUGGCGCAGUAAAUCCGCUACAUCGCCUUCCGCCUCGCUGAAGCGAAAGCGAAACGGAUCAAUCUCGAACCUGGACGAUCCGGUAAUCCCUACCCGUGGUUUGGAAACGAUUAUGAAAAAAAUUAAAGAGGACGGUAGUAUCGGAGAGCACGAUAAGCGACUGUUGCGGGCAAAGCUGCUGCUGGACUGGAACGAAACGGAUGGUGGAAUAGGAAGCAGUAGUGACAAACAAAUGCAUGGACGCUAUGACAAUGUGCAGCAGCAGCAGCAGCAGCUGCAACAGCAACAUCGUCUAAAUAGUAGCGGUUGCGAUGUAGUUUAUCAUUGCGCGAAAUGCUACGAGAUGGUGGCCAAAGCUAACGUGCUGCGAAAGUAUCGUCACAAGCAGCAUCAUCAUCAUUGCCGGCAUCACGAACGGCACAGUAGGGUGGCCUUGAAGCAGGAGCAGAAUCAACAGCAGCAAACUGCCGCUACGAACACAACUAAAAUGUCGGCCAUCGAGCAAUUGUUGCAGAUAAAAACAUUGUCCGAAGAUGAUUUUGCCAUCGAAAGAGGAACAAAUGAAAGGGGGACGAUUGACGGUGGCAGUAGCUUUGAUGAUUUUUCGUUCAAAUUUGCCGAACACGACGAUGGCGAUGACGAGCCAGAUGAUGAGGAGGCGGCAGACGAGGUAAAGGCGGAGGACGAGGACGACGAGGAGGAGGAAGAGGAAGCUGCCGGUGUCGGGCAGCUGGGAAGGAAUGGGUGCCAUGGCUGUAAACCACCGGACGAACGUGAAUCGAGCGUACUGAAACCGUUGCUUGCGUGCGGCAGAAUAAAAGCGGAACCAUUGGACAAUGUUGCAGAUCGCAUUACCGUGAAGGAAGAGGCUUCGAUGCGAUCCAGUUCGAAAGGGACUGGUGGUGUCAUACCCGCAACUCUUGGUCUAGAGAGCACUAGUCAGACAGCGGAAGCGCUAGCGGCAGCAAAUGGAAGCCGGAGUUCUAACGGUGCGAACGGUGUCGGCAGCUCCACAAAUGCUUCUCAACAAUCCGACAGACAGCGACAAGAACAACACCAACAGAGUAAUGUAGAAAGCUUAUGAUGAAGCAAACAUCGGCACAUGAACGAUGGGCAUAAAAAUAAGUGAGACAGUACUGAAUUUUUCAUAUACUAUUUUCAGUAUAUUUCUGGAAGAAUUGACAGUUUGUUUGCCGAACAAGUGUGACGAGAGUAGAAGGGUGUAAAAAAAAAGUUAGAUAAAGGCCCACCUGCUGACUUCCGAUCAUCAUCCUUUCUAAGAUGAGAUCGAAGUAAAUGAACAAAAAGUAAGAAGUGGAUGAUGCGAAGGAAGGAAGUUUCGAUAAAAUUAUUACGCUCCAGCUUCCUUUUUUCGUUAGUUGGUAAGUUUCGUAGUCCCUAGUGGACGUUGGGCAGGGAGACACGAUCGCAUUAUAGGGUACCGCAAGGCCACUUCAAACGGUGGAAACACUGCUUCUUGUAUAGCCACCUACCCCACCUGCGCAGAAGAUGUGUUAGUUGAUAGAAAAGCUAGAAAUGUGGUAGUGGUAGCAACAACAAGGUACCUAGAGUUUGGCAUAUGGUAGUGACAUCGACACAUCCUUACGAUCAUUUCUUUCCCCCCCUCUGUAUGAUGUUCGUCAGUUGCUUUGCAUAAAGCGCUAGAGCAUCACCAUUUGCUAUCGGAAUGUGGAAGAUAAUCGAUAGUGGCUUGACACACCUACACACUACUGGUAAUGUAUUUAACCAUAUUGUACACGCAUGUUUGCGCCUCGGGGAGGGAUAGGAACUGCUACUACUGUUGCUGCUAUCGCCACCGUCACACAACGGUUCAAUAUGCUGCCGCAUAUAUAUCCGUCUCCCGUUGCAUGCGGAAGAUUUAUAUGUGAUGAUGCGUGUUUCCAAUUAGACACACAUUUUAAUGCCCCUAGUUACAAAUAUAGGUUUUUUUUUUAAAUACUUUGUGCAUUAGCGUGUGACGACGGGGGCGAACUCCUCUUGGCAGGUAGUGUUAAUCGUGCAGAACCGGAUCCAAUAGUUAUGCGUAUACUUUAAAUUGUUUCGUGACCAUCCAUCCAGAUAAAAUGUUUUGUGCAAUUUGGGUUCGAAAUAGAUAACACAGCAGAUAGUUUAAAUAA